AUGCCUACCAUUACGAGAGCAUGCCUGCUGGCGUUACGCUACCUAGCGUCUCUGCCAUUAUUUCUGGCACUGGAUGUACCACAGGUCCCGCUGAAGUCCUCUAAACAGCCGAACAUGGUCUUUAUCUUGACGGACGACCAGGACCUCCACAUGGACUCAUUGUCGUACAUGCCGUAUCUCAAGAAGCACUUGACAGAUGAGGGUACAUCGUUCAGUCGCCACUACUGCACAGUGGCCUUGUGUUGCCCAUCAAGAGUCAGCCUGUGGACGGGAAAAGCUGCACAUAACACUAACGUAACAGAUGUCAACCCACCUUACGGUGGGUAUCCUAAGUUCAUCUCUCAAGGCUUCAAUUCUGCUUACCUACCCAUCUGGCUUCAAGAAGCUGGAUACAACACUUACCAUGUCGGCAAGCUAUUCAAUGCUCAAACGGUCGACAACUUUGCUUCGCCUCAUGCAGCUGGCUGGACGGGAUCAGAGUUUCUGCUCGACCCAUUUACUUAUGAGUAUCUCAAUGCGACCUUUACACGGAAUGGGGAGGAGCCAGUAUCGUAUGAGGGACAAUACACCACCGACCUCGUUGCUGAGAAGUCCUUUGGCUUCCUGGGCGAUGCAUUGGCGAGCGACAAGCCAUUCUUCCUGACCAUCGCGCCGACUGCGCCACACAGCAACGUCCACAUCGGCUCGAACAUUAUCGAUGGGAACUUCUCCGAACAUUCAAACGUCCAGUCGCCUCCAGUCCCUGCGAAACGACACGAACAUCUCUUUGAAGAUGUCAUUGUUCCACGCACGCCUCAUUUCAACCCAGACGACCCACAUUCAGUUUCGUGGAUCGGCCUUCUUCCAAAGCAGAAUCAGACAAACAUCGAAGCGAACGAUCACUUCUACAGGUCUCGGUUGCGUGCUCUUCAAGCGGUUGAUGAGAUCGUUGACGAUCUGGUGAAGCGACUUGACGAAGCUGGUAUUCUGGACGAGACGUACAUCUUCUUCUCUACUGACAAUGGCUACCAUAUCGGACAACACCGACUGCAGCCAGGCAAGCAAUGUGCAUUCGAAGAGGACGUCAAUGUACCUUUCAUCGUUCGAGGUCCUGGCAUUGCACGCGGAAAGACUACGGACAUCGUCACAUCACAUACCGACUUGGCUCCAACGUUCCUUGCGCUCGCUAAUGGACACGUUCGAGACGACUUCGAUGGAUCAGCUAUACCGGUCACUCAGUUAGACUCUGAAAUCACGGCACAGCCUUGGAAGAACGAGCACGUCAACGUUGAAAGUUGGGGCAUUAUCAUGUCAGAGGGGAAGCACGGCGCGGUGCUUUACCCGAAUCACACCUACAAGGCAUUACGAGUGAUCGGUGACGGAUACAACCUGCUGUACACAGUCUGGUGUAGCGGAGAGCACGAGCUGUACGAUCUGACUAUGGAUCCAUAUGAAGCAAGCAACAUCCACCCCGACGCGACUCGGGCUUCCAAACUACCCCCAGCAAACAUUGUUUUGGAUAGCUCACGACCACACCGCGCCGACCAGCAGGUUCUCUACACCAGCGAUGUGGUCCCAUCGGGAAGCACCAUCGCGAACAGCGCAAAUGCACUGUCCGUGCCCAAAGUUCUGCACCGGCUUGACGCACUACUCAUGGUGUUGAAGACAUGCAGAGGUAGAGAGUGCACACAUCCUUGGGAGAUGCUUCACCCCAAGGGUGAUGUGCAUGACCUCAAAGACGCCGCAGACCCAAUCUAUGACCACUUCUAUGAACAUGAACAGCAGCGAGUCAAAUUUGACAAGUGCGAGAAAGGCUACAUUCUGGAGAGCGAAGGUCCACUGCACAUCAAGCCCUACUUGGAGGGCAUAGGAGGCUAG